AACACAAAUUUGGAGGCAUUCUAAGCGAGAAGUUCGAGUGUGAAACAAAGGUCGAGGAAACGGAAGAAUAAUCCAAAAAAAUGCGUGUAUUUAUCGUUUUGUCUUUGGCUGCAAUCGUGUGCGCCGAUGUCGGUUACAAUUACCAAGCCGGUGGUGGAAGUCAUUCUAUCGGAGGACACAGUGGUUCCAGCGGUUUGAGUACACACGGUGGUGCCAGUCUGAGUGGACACGGCAGUUCGAUUGGAUUAAGUGGACUUGGCGGUAUCGGCAGCUCCAGCGGUUUGGGUGGUAUUGGCGGUUCCAGCGGUGCAGGCAGUGCAGGUCUUGGUGGAGUUUCCAGUGGUCCAGUUUCAGUCAGUCCAGCUGCUCCAGUCCAAUAUGAGAAAGAGUUCUACACAUUCAGCGCUCCUGAAAGCGAGUUCAACAAUGACAAUGCCGGACAAGAAAUAGUCAGUAUUAAGAAAAAUUUGCGCGUAGUCUUCAUUAAAGCGCCUGAAAAUAAGGGUCUUGAGAAUGCCGCUAUACAGUUAGCCAAACAGGCUGCCGAACAGAAAACCGCCAUUUAUGUGCUCACCAAACAACCUGACAUCAGCAAUCUGGCUCAACAACUACAAACCAUCAAGUCACAACAGAGCAACAAACCCGAAGUACACUUCGUCAAAUACCGUACACCUGAGGAUGCCGCUAAUGCCCAGAAAGCCAUUCAAUCGCAAUACGAUCAAUUGUCGGGCAAAUCUCAGGCUCACAACGGCGGUGUGGCGCCAGUCUUGAACUUCGCUUCUCGUGCUCCAGUUGCUCCAGCACCCGCACCUCAGGCGCCAGCAAACUCCUACCUGCCUUCGUCAGUCCUGCGCCUAUUCCGUGCUUAAGAACUUGUCAGGAGAUUGUUGGUAGUUAAGCUCGAACUGAUUGCUUUAUUUGUUGUUGAUUAUUAUGUAUUUUUGGUUAAAACGAAGUUUUUAUUGUUUUAAAUGAAAUGCAAAGCAAGUAAUUUGCUCAAAAAUUA